CGGAACGAGAGGCGUUGGGGAAAUAUUACCGGACGGGCCUAUUCUCAGGUGACACCGGUGGUAAGUGUGAACACAACAUGAGUUCACGGAAACUAAGCAAAUAGAAGUAUUUUACAAAUAUUGGCAAACAACUUGAGCACGUUCCGCUGAGCGCGUCUGUAUCCUGAAGCGUCGAGUAAAGUAGUUCCGUCUAACAAGCACCUUUCAGCUGAAAAGCUGCAGCACUGGAAGAAUCAGCAUGAGCGAGCAAAGGCUGCUGCUACUAGAUAUUGAACCAAAGUCAAACGGCUCUGUUCCUGUCAACGAUAGAGCUGAGAAUCCCCUCUGGCAUCGCAGUGACAACACCUUUAGAUUCAACUUUGUCCCUGACAACUCUCCAGCACUUCCGGAGACGACAUCUCCAUCACACGUGACCCAACCAACAGCAAACCGGAUCUCCUUUACAAGACGGGACCCUGCAUUUGCCUUCAACUUUCAAAUUCCUCCUGUUCCACCUGUGGAAAACAUGGAGACGACAGAGACCCCAGACACUUCCUCUCCAGGCAGCCAACAAUGUGUCAAAGAGGAAACGCCUUCCCCCCUGCCGGAGGUUAACUCUCCUCCUGAGCCGUCAGUGCAAUCAAAAGCAAAGAAGAAGAAGAAGAAAUCCGGAAAGAAAAAACACUCGGAUAGCACCGAAUCACAGCAGACGCCUUGUUCAGCUGAGGGGUGUCAAGGAGGCGAAGACACAGAGCUGAGUGCAGAGGAGCAGCUGAACAGACAGCUGGACUGGUGCAUGGAGCAGCUGGAAUUGGGAAUGAAGUCCCAGAAGAGCACACCAAAACAGAACGAGGAAGCCUCUCGUGCCCUGAAGACUCUACGAAGCUCCAAAGCUCCACUGGCCAAGAAGAGGCAGGUGAUGAGGGCCAUGACGGGAGAUUACAGGCAGAAAAUGGAAGAGGAAAAGCGCAAGCAGUACAAACUCAUUCAGAGUGAAAUUGCAUCAGGUCAGGUCAAAUUAGUGUCGGAUUCUCCAAAGAAGUCUGUUUUCCACCGGAGAGCUGACGUCAAAAGCCAGACACCAGCCACAGAGGAGCACCCGCAACAAACUGGAGCCCAGCACACACACCUGACAACACAGACGCAGGGGGACUCUCCAGCUUUUGUCUUUACUCCCUCAAAGGAGGAGUUUCGCUUCAAUUUUCUCUGAUUUGUACCCUGAAGACACAUUUCACCAAAAGUAACGUUGGUACUGUGCCUGUGAACUGCGAGAAAACCAAUCCCAACACUUAAAAUAACAUAUUCAAAAUGUUGAAUUGCUGACUGCUUGUGCCAUACAGUAUAUCUAUAAUAAAAGAUUUUGUAUUUUUGUUUCCA